CUGCGAAGUCUCGAUCACCGAACAUGAGGUGUCGAGAAGACAAUGGCGAUGGGCGCUGACAUUCUUUCUUCAACCAGUUCAGGAAGGAAGGAAGGAAAGAUAACGCAAGGUAUGGCGGCAGGUAUCAUACGAGGGAAAACCUCCAAUCAUCUGGUAACAUUAUCCCAGAAAGUGACUUCCUUUGAGAAAAUUGCCCAACACUGCAAAUGGAAGGCACCCUCAGAAAGUAGCGUGUCCCCCGCCUUCCUGCGUACCUGCCCACACCGUCCAGUCCUGCGGUCUCAGUCCCCGUCCCUUUCUUUCCCCUCCAUCCCCCCUCCUUCCAACCAUACAUGAAAGUUCCCCAAGUCCAGGUCCUUGUCACUGCAGCCACAAAUCACCAAAAAGACACCACAAACGAGGUUGCUACCUUAUGCAGUAGGGUACAUGUCACCAAUGGAAAGCUCGGCUGCCCCAGUCAGCGCAGGUCCCAUGAUGGUCACUUCCUAUGCUGGCAUCUUCCCGGAAGUCCAAGCAAUAAGCGCAGAAUUCUCUGCGCUUGCUGCAUUCGCACACUGAACACACUCUUCUUCCUCACGCUCACGCCUACCUUGCUGCGUAAAGUACCUCUCAUAGUCUCACUCACAUGCAGCCGACCUGCCUUACAAGGACGGGGUUUACAAGUCCAAGGUAGGAAUGGGCCUGGACUGUCUGUGCCUGUCGUCGGCAUCUCGCCCACCCUCAUGCCCAUGACUCUAUUGCCCCUCGCCUGGCAAGCACCUUAUUCUUUCCCACCAAGCGGAACAACGGACGAGACUGGAAACUAUCAAAAGGGCACUCGCGCCUACUUUGGUGCCCCCGGGCUUCCACGUUCUCUCAACUCUCGUCUGUUGUCUGCAUUGCAUUGCUUCGCUUUGCAUCUCGCAUCGUUUUUUUUUUUUUUGACACGACACUGCAACUGUCCCACUGCCAUCUGCCAAAUCACCGUCGGUGUACCGCAUACAUUGCCUACACCGAGAUCACUUCGCCGUCUUGGCCAAGGACCGACUCGCUUUCGGAUCAUUCGAAAUAAACAUCGCAAUCUCCAGUAAACGAGCUGCCAACCUGGUUCGAGGCUCCCGCUAGACCACUUGCUCAUAUCUAUCCCUACCUUGACCCAUCUUCGCAGCUUC